CUGGUUUUGUUGCGCCAUGAGAAUGUAUUCAAUAUGGUAGUUUUGCACCUUUUCUCUACCAACGCCUGUAUCUGGGCUGAUUCAGCCGUCAGCAAAAUUACAAGUGGCAUCCUGCAGGCCAGCCACAAUGACCCAUCCAGUCAUGGCAGCGUUUCAGCUAACACCAAUUCCAAAGCCAUUAAUUACCUUGAGCAUGCAUUCAGUGAGGAAGAAAAUUUGGCCACCAACCUUCUUGUGGACACGGAUAAUUGCACCAAGCUUGAUUUCUCGAUCCGAGCCACCGGCUACUUCCUGCCUGCAGUGGCAGAGUUUACUGCAGUAGUGGUGGCCAUCAUAUACGAGAUAGCCAAACGCAUUGGACACCCAAAGCAGAUUGAAAACAUAUCACUGGUAAUUUUUAUAAUUUGCUAA